CUGUACACCAGUCAGCGCACGCCGACGCGGAUAGCCAUAUCGGCACAUGCGCGUUUGAUUAGUCUGGUGUCUGGUCUUCCUCCCUGCUUCGUUGCAUUUCCGCCGCAUGGUGCCGUAUUGUCGUCGCGCUAGCCAGCCAUGCAUUGCCGUCCCGAUCUUCCGUAGGCCCCUGGAAGAUUUCACCGUUGGCUUUUCUUCUUCACCCCCGGUAGAUAUUCAGGCGGCUGACCGGCUAAUAACACGAUGAGUACAUCGCUGGUGGCGGCGCCAUUGACGGUUGACUGGUGGAUUGCUGUGCGCCGGCACGAGAGAUCGUCCGGUAAACGCGCGCGCGCGGUCGUCUCCUUUCUCCGUUCGUUCCAAGGUUUUACCCAACUUUUACGCAUUUCGUUCCAAGGUUUACUCGAUCUCGGUGGGAGCAGAGGGGCGACAGCACUAGUUAUUAGUGCACUUUGUCCAUUGAAAUUUGAAGACAGAAUCAAGUAUUAGGUCUAGUACGUAGCUGCCAGAAGAUUCGGUAUGUGGUGGGCAUGUAAACGAGUGCGGUCAGUAGGUGCGUGUACACUUAUCUAAAAAAAAAGUAGGUACGUGUAUACUUAUCUAAAAAAAAGUAGGUACGGUAUACUUAUCUAAAAAAAAGUAGGUACGUAGACGCGUGUACCAUUGGACAAGUUUUAUUUUAUGAACGCGUCAUUGGACAAGUGGAACUGGGUAUACAACAAGUGGCUUCUGAACGUAGAGAAAAAAAACUCUGAAUCUUGUUUUUUUUUAGCACUGCGGCCGAAAUUCGCAUGCUGCACUUGUUCAGUCCAGUCAGAGCCCAGUCCUCCAUACACUUUCGGACGUACGGCCUGUUAAGCCCAUAUCUAUAUACUAACAGGACUUUCGGCUGAAUUACAUCUCUUCGGCCCACAAUGAUAGGUAUUGAGCUAUUGGCCAUCAGGUGAGAAUAUUAUCUUGUCUCAAAAAAAAGGUGAGAAUAUUAUCUUUGACAUUAGCUCCAUACUUCUUACCCUAAAAAAAAAAGCUCGAUACUUCUUUUUUGAUCCAUGCACAAGAACUGCAUGUAAUAUAUUAAUAACAAGAGAGGGUUCAGCCGGCCAAACGACCGGCAGGUUCAAGCUUUCAAGGACACUGAAACAAACAAACACACAAAAAAACGACCACAACUAGCUCCCGCCCAUAGCUUAAGAACAGUAGCUACUAAAAAAAUUCAAUCCUUAAUAUAUUUUAUUUUAAUUGAAUAAAAUGUAUUAAAGAUUUAGAUUCUACGCAUUUUCAGAUAGCCGUUUGAAAAACACGUUCUUGGAAAUUCAUAAUCUCUAACUCAACCAAGUAGCACGUUGCAAAUGCUAAUAAUGCCCAAUAAAUGUGUAAACUGGAGGUUUGAAAUGGACUUCUCCCCUAUAAAGAAAGAAAUUUGCAUGGAGUUAAAAGUUAAAAGGGGUAAUUUUGUUUUUCCUACUAAUUAAGUAAUAUUUUAGUAGUCCUACUUCUAAUUAGCUAUCAAUUAAGAUCACGUUGUGUUUGGCCGAUCAUGGUAUUCCUACGUCGGUCGAUAUACAAACCAGCACGGCGGGAUUAAGGGAUAUGUCUAUCUCCACCUAGGAGGAACAAAGAGAGGAGAAUACAUCCCGCUUUAAGCGCAUUUGCCGACGCUUAUCCCGCUAGACCGCUGCCGAGGCGGAGGAAAGCAAGCGUCAUGCUGCUGUGUAGGAGAGCCGCGCCGCCGCCGCCGUGGACUGCGGAGGAGAUGCAGUGCCGAGGUCACGUUGGAGGAGAGGGAGCCAGUCGAUGCUAUGGAAGAGGCAGUUUGGCCUGCCGGAGUGCCGUUGUUGAGGUGCUGGGGUCCCCUCCAGGCAGCCCAGGCAAUGGUCUGGGCCAUCAGAAAAAUUUCAAGCCCAUAGUUUGAAAAAUUAGAUCGGCCUGGGGCGCAGCCCACUCCUCCUAAUCCUCUAGCUGGGCCUCAGGUCUGAGAAGGCUGGCCCAAUACCACCUAGCGACCGAGAAGCUAUCGUUUGCCAACCCUACCCUGCCGGCCAGGCCGCCGCCGCCCGCCGUCGUGCUCGUGCGGUCGUGCUCCCCUUCGAUCCCCUUCUCCUUGGCUGUGGACAUGUUCGUCGAGGCGGCGAACCCCGGGAGGCGGCAGGAUGCCGGGCGAGGCGGCCUUUGCCGGGAGGCAGGACCGCAGGAGGCCAGGAGCAGCCCACCCCGGUCCCUUCGUUCUUCCACCUCAGGGCCCCAGCUCCGCCGUUGCACGGAGGUAUUCCCCCAUCCGGCCAUCCCACAAAACUGCCAUCUCACCUCUUCCAAAUCUCAUUGUUGCUUGCUUAGAUGCCUCUGUUUGAUGAAUGAUGAUGAUAUUUAAUUCUUGUUUGUGCUUCCCCAUUUGCAACAUAAACAUGGAAACCGAUUUAGACAUUUAGUAAAAAAAAAUCUAUAUAACCAACCCAACUAACUCUAUUCGAUGAUUAAAGGUAAGUUACAUUUUCCUUUAUCAUACCACCGCUCCUUUGCAUUACAGUCAAAAAACUAGAAAUAAAUUUAAUGUUUAUGUGUGGGGUGUCUUUGGACUCAUACCGGAGUCUCUUAUAACUAAGUUGAGGCCCAUCAACCAGCUCACCUAAAUUACUUUUGUUGUUUUACCCUCCAAUUUUAUACCUAAGUUCUUAUGAAAAAUUAAGAGGAUUGAGAUGGGAGCACGCAAAUCCUUGCUCCCAUUAUGGUAGCAUGUUUAUCUUCAUUUCAAGACCAGGAGCACGCAACCAAUGCAUAUCAUCGGGCUCCUAAACUUGAUAACUUAGGUACAAAGACCACGAUAACUUUGAUUCGUGGAUCAAAGUUAUUGAAAACAUACCACUGAUAAUUUUUUUGUAAAUAGCAUGAUGAUAUACACUCCCAAACUUGAUAACUUAGGUAUCAACACCGCGAUAAUUUUGACCCGUGGAAAAAAGUUGUUGAAAACAUAAUCCGGUAACAUCUGUGUAAAUAACAUGGUAAUAUAAGUUCUCGAACCUGAUAACUUAAGUACAAACACCACGAUAACUUUAACCCAUGAAAAAAAAGUUAUUGAAAACAUACACUGAUAACUUUUUUUUUGUGUAAAUAGCAUAAUAAUAUAGGCUUCCGGUCCUGAUAAUUUGGGUACAGACACCACGAUAACUUUGACCCAUGAAAAAGAAUCUUGAACAUACCACUGAUAACUUCUCGUGUAAAUAACAUGUUAAUAUAUACUUCCGGACAUGAUAACUUAAGUACAAACAUCACGAUACUUUGACUCAUGUAAAAAAUUUGUUGAAAAAACAUACCAUUGAUAACUUCUCGUGUGAAUAACAUGUUAAUAUACACUUUCAGACAUGAUAACUUAAGUACAAACAUCACGAUAACUUUCACCCGUGGAAAAAACUUGUUGAAAACAUACUCUGGUAACAUCUGUGUAAAUACAUGGUAAUAUAGGCUCCCGGACCUGAUAACUUAGGUACAAAUACCACGAUAAUUUUGACCCGCGAAAAAAAGUUGUUGAAAAUACACUCUGAUAACUUUUUUGUGUGUAAAUAGCAUGAUAAUAUCGGCUACCUGUCCUGAUAACUUGGGUACAAACACCACGAUAACUUUGAUCCCAUGAGAAAAAUUGUUGAAAACAUACAACCGAUAACUUCUUUGUAAAUAACAUGAUAAUAUACACUCUUAGACUUGAUAACUAAGGUAUAAACUCCACGAUAACUUUGACCCGUAGAAAAACGUUAUUGAAAACAUACUCCAGUAACAUCUGUGUAAAUACCAUGGUAAUAUAGGCUUUCCGGAUCUGAUAACUUAGGUACAAAUACCACGAUAACUUUGACCCAUGAGAAAACUUCUUGAAAACAUACUCUGAUAACUUUUUGUGUAAAUAGCAUGAUAAUAUAGGCUCCGGUCUGAUAACUUAGGUACAAACACCACGAUAAUUUUGACGUUUUUUUUUGUUGAAAACAUACCACUGAUAAUUUCUCGUAUAAAUAACAUGAGCUGAUAACAUGGAAAAAUGUUGUCAAAAAUACCUCCCAAUAACUAAUGUGUAAACAACCUGAUAAUACACACACAUAAGAGCUGAUAACUCAUAUACAAAUAUCAUGGUAAUUUUUUGACCGAGGGAAUGAAAAUUGUUGAAAAAGAUACCCUCGAUAAUCUUUGUGCAAGAUGGUAAUAUACACAACAAAGCUGAUAACUCGCUGCAAACAUAAUAAUCACUUUUUGACCCCUAGGAUAAAAGUUUGUUGAAAACAUACCCCCCGAAACUUUUGUGUAAAUGACACGGUAACUUAUGUAUGACAGACGUGAUAACUCACGUAGCCCGGAUGUGGUAACUUUUGGUCCGAAAAAAAAGUCAUCAGAACAUAUUAACAUGGGAUCUAGUUUCGAAGAUCUCGUCGAGACGCUUUUUUUUGUGAAGACGGUUUUUUAAUCGGGGUGACGGUUUGAGCUACAAAACAUUUUGAAGUUUGAAAAAAGAAAGAAUCUAGAAUGACAUUAGCUUUCGUCCUUUAGUGAAUAUAUGCAUGUAAUUAGAAGGAGGAGUGCACGUGAAAGGAAAAUUAGUCAUUCUAAUGCAUGCAUGUACAUAAUUAGAGUGAAGUAAGGAUUGUUCUUGCCUAUUGCUAAAAUCGGAACGUUUGGUAGUUAUAAAAGUCCUUUUCUUUUUAAGUUCAAACCAAGGGAUCCACGGAAACGAGUCCUUCAACUCGAACAACUGAUAAUAUCACUCGUAUUAGUCCAACUCAAGCCCAGUGAUAUUGAUUAUUGGUACAAUGAGCAUCGCGUCUAGUUGGAAUAUAACAUUGAAAAAAAAGCAGCAUUUUGCUUUUAUUGUUUUCUGUUUAAGUAACCAAGAGCUGAAAACAUACCUUGAAACUGGGUUUUCGGCCCUUUGUUUUUCACCCUGGUCAUCAGCCCAUCCUGGCUCCGCCAUUGGCUGAGAUGCAACAUGCCACUGUCUCCCCUUCUCCAUCUCAUCUCGUUUUGUUCUCGUGCUCGUUGGCAAGCGACCUCCCGCAUAAUGUAGUAUUUCUGUCAGGCACCGUUGAUCUAUAUGCUCCAACCAACUCCAGCGAGGUUACUCGCUGCUAAUCUGUGUGUCCUGUAACAUCACCGUGAGACGCACCCUUGGUUUACUCCCCUCAAUUCUGAGAAGGCUGCGAUGCUGCCAGCCCAUAUCAGGCGCACUCCGUGCAUGGCCUCGCCUGAGAUGGAGGGUAGUUUUUGUUUUCCCUGAAAAAUGUGAUCUUUACACACCUAUCAUGAUCCAGGAAUCCAUGAACAAGAUGUACUUGAAAGACAAAGUACGUGAAUAUGUGAUCUUUACACACAUAUUCUUUAACUUGCACAAACCAAUAACCCAAUAAAUGAUCUUCUUUUUCAUCGGAUACUGAAAGUCUGAAUGUUGUACAGAUAUUAGAAUCUGGUAUUUUAUCUAAAUUUUCCUUGAUAAAGGGUCAAAGGGAUCUUGUAUUUAGAUAGCUGACAAAAGCAUGAGUAGCUGGUAUGGAAACAAACAGCCUAUAAGCAUCCAGGUUCAUGUCACAUCGCGGGCACACAGAGGUCAUGUUGAUGGCUUACCCGUCAAUGGUGUUAGGAUUAGAAAUUCAGAAACCAUGGCCUACAAGUCCAAGCGGUGGUUGAGGGAAUUCGUGGAUGACGAUAGCUUAGCCCCGAUUUUCCAGUCACUCGUUCGUACCACCAUAGGAUCCGUCCACAUAUAUCUUUCUUCAACCACGAUAUCCUCUCAUACACAUUUCUCCACCGCCCCACGGCCAAAUCUUUCUGCUCCUAUGGCUACUACCAGCUGCUGGUUCUUGGUGUUCGUCUGGGUAGUAGCAUGGGAGAUGCCACUGACGGUCGCUGGUGCUGAGGAGCAGGAAGGGGAAGGCUGCUCGAGCUCUGCCAAGACGUGCGGCAACCUCACCAUCUCCCACCCGUUCUGGCUCGCUGACAGGGAGGCGGGAAGAUCGUGUGGUCCCUUGGAUUUUGAGGUCAGUUGCUCAAACAACAACAUUUCAUUUCUCCGGAGCUCUGGAUUCACUGGCUUUGCGAUCAUGGACAUCUCGUACGAGGACCGCAAUCUGCGUGUCAUUGAUGUACACAAAGAAGAAGACUUCAACGUCACCAACGGCACCUGCAAUUUCCCCAAUUGGAACACCUCCAGCAAGCUGGCAGUGCCGUUUAAGGUCAACCCUGCCAACCUGAACAUCAUCUUGUACAAGUGCACGAAGAGGGUGGCCCUGGUGGAGGUGAGAUGCGCAAACGCGAGCAACGUGUUUGUUCGCGCGGGAGUGCGUUUCGAUGAGACGGGGAACUACGGCGGCUACGCCUUGGAGGGCUGUGAUGCUAUCGUCGUGCCGAUGAUGGGCUCGUCGGGCUCGGCGAACGCGAGCCACUUCGAGCAGCUCAUCAGCGAUGGCUUCCUCCUGACAUGGGAUCCACCCCCUACACGGGACAGUGGAAAGACAAGUAUAAAGUUCAUAAUAGUUGGAGCGGUAGCCGGUUUUGCUGCAUUCUUGGCAUUUGUCUUAUUUGCCUUGUACCAACGAAAGAAGAGCAAACAAACUGUAGCUUCAAAUGAGUUCAUGCGAAGUGGAUCUUCAAUGACGUCAUACAGUAAAGACCUUGAGCUGGGUGGUUCGCCUCAUAUCUUCACUUUCGAGGAACUCGAAGUGGCUACUGAUGGAUUUAGUGCUUCAAGGGAGCUUGGUGAUGGUGGCUUUGGAACUGUUUAUAAAGGAAAACUCAAGGAUGGGAGAGUAGUUGCGGUGAAACGCCUUUACAAGAACAACUACAGACGGGUUGAGCAGUUCCUGAAUGAGGUCGACAUCCUGUCCCGCCUGCUCCACCAGAACCUGGUCAUCCUAUAUGGCUGCACUUCUCGGAUGAGCCGCGACCUUCUCCUGGUGUACGAGUUCAUCGCAAAUGGGACUGUCGCAGACCAUCUUCACGGAUCACACUCGGCGGAACGAGGCCUCACGUGGCCUCUAAGACUGAACAUUGCCAUAGAAACAGCUGAAGCACUGGCCUACCUCCAUGCAGUCGAGAUCAUACAUCGUGAUGUGAAGACAACCAACAUAUUGCUGGACAACAACUUUCAUGUCAAAGUUGCAGACUUUGGGUUGUCGCGCCUGUUCCCUCUCGAGGUCACCCAUGUCUCGACUGUUCCACAGGGCACACCUGGUUACGUCGACCCCGUGUACCACCAGUGCUACAAGCUGACCGACAAGAGCGACGUCUACAGCUUCGGCGUCGUGUUGGUGGAGCUGAUAUCCUCAAAGCCUGCUGUGGACAUGAGUAGGAGCCAAAGUGAGAUCAACCUGGCCAACAUGGCCCUCAACAGGAUUCAGAACCAUGAGGUUUUUCAGUUGGUUGAUCCGGAGCUCGGCUAUGACACCGACCCCGAAACAAAGAGAACGAUUGACCGUGUGGCCGAGGUGGCCUUCCAGUGCCUGCAGAUGGAGAGGGAUCUGAGGCCGUCGAUCAAGGAGGUGGUGGAGAUCCUGACUUACGUCAGGGACGGAGACUAUCGAGCUAAGAGCAUGAAGAAGAAGGCGUCUCAGAAAGAGGACGCGCACUUGCUCACGAAUGACCUGCAGUUUUCGCCUGACUCGGUCAUCCAUAGAUUCCAUAGCCAGUCAACUAACCACUCGGUAGCAUCGAAUGCUAGCGGGUUAUGAUGUGCUUUCUAUUGAUUCUGAAGAAAUAAGGCCGCCCUGUUGAUCGGAUGAGUUGUAUAUAGCAUAGAGUUUUCUGAUGAGGUGGUUCAUCUUACUAAUAAGUACAGGCUCAUGGUUACAGUAACUCUGCAUUUCUGAGCUUAGCAAUGAUUCAAAUGGUAGGUGUAUGUACUAGGAGCAAAUUCCAGGAUAAGCACUGUAAUAUUCAUAUAGUCAGUUCAAGCUGACGAAAAGAUUGAAUUCAGAAGUUGAACUGAUCAACAUGCAUAUUAUAAGUAAUCACAUUGUACUUAUAUAUAUGAGUAAUAUACAGUUAUUUGAGAUACUUACGGCA